AUGUCACCAUUAGAUAAGAAUAAAUACGGGCCAUUUUCUUUAAAGACUAAUCUUACUGCCCACCUUAGAACACAUACAGGAGAGAAACAAUUUAAGUGUUCUCAGUGUGAUAAGGGGUUUUCUGUAAAGAAUGAGCUUACUAGCCACCUUAGAACACAUACAGGAGAGAAACCAUUUAAGUGUCCCCAUUGUGAUAAGACAUUUUCUGUAAAGACUAAUCUUACUGCCCACCUUAGAACACAUACAGGAGAGAAACCAUUUAAGUGCUCUCAGUGUGAUAAGGGGUUUUCUGUAAAGACUAUUCUUACUGCCCACCUUAGAACACAUACAGGAGAGAAACCAUUUAAGUGUUCUCAGUGUGAUAAGGGGUUUUCUGUAAAGACUAUUCUUACUGCCCACCUUAAAACACAUACAGGAGAGAAACCCUUUAAGUGUCCCCGUUGUGAUAAGACAUUUUCUGUAAAGACUUAUCUUACUGCCCACCUUAGAACACAUACAGGAGAGAAACCAUUUAAGUGUUCCCAGUGUGCUAAGGUUUUUACUUGCCAAAGUUAUCUUACUACCCACCUUAGAACACAUACAGGAGAGAAACCCUUUAAGUGUCCCCAUUGUGAUAAGAAAUUUGCUCAACAUAAUGAUCUUACUAGCCACCUUAGAAGACAUACAGGAGAGAAACCCUUCAAAUGUUCCCAGUGUGAUAAGGAUUUUUCCCAUAAAGCUUCCCUUAAUCGACAUUUAAGCCUCACUGAAAAGCCUCUACAAUGUUUCCAUUGUGAUAAGAGUUUUUCUCAGAGAUGUCACUUUACUAGACAUUUAAGAACACACGAUGGAGAAAAACCUUUCAAAUGUUCCCAUUGUGAUGAAAGUUUUUUUCAAAGUAGUACCCUUAUAAGCCAUUUCAGAACACACAGUGGAGAAAAGCCCCAUUGAUGUUUCCAUUGUGAUAAGAGUUUUUCUCAACUAGCUGAUCUUAAUCAUAGUAUUAGUACACACACAUGUACUAGAAAAACAAAAAAUCUCUCAAUUGUAAUAUGAGAUUUUUCUUAUGAAAGGGAUGUUAUUGGCUAGCUUAGAUAACAGGUGGGAAACCCUUUAAUGUUCUUAAUGUGUGUACAGGUUUUUCUGAACGAGGUCAUCUUACCUGUCAUGUGAGGACACACACUAGGGAAAAACCUUAUAAAAGGGAUGUUACUACAGGAGAGAGUGUUCCUAAAAAAUAAGGAAUUUUCUUAUAGAAGUGAGCUCACAAGGCAUUUAAAAACACACCCUAUAAAUGUUAAGAUUGUAUAAAGAGAUUUUCUUUUAACAGUAAUCUUACUAGUUAUCUGAAAAUACAUACUGGAGAAAAGCCAUUAAAAUGUUGACUUUGUUCUGAAAUGGAUUUUAUCGUUUAUACAGUGCAGGAUCUUGAUAAUUGCCUGAUAACACACAGAGUAGAAAUGCCACAUAAUGUAUUAAACAUAAUAAAGGGAUUUUGUUGUAUAAGUGGUCUUUAAAAAAUAAUAUAAUCCUAGGUUUAUUGCUUCAAAUCUAAAUACAUAAAAAAGCAGUUUGUGAAGGACAUUUACAUAAUAAUGAGUGGUACAUUAUGAAAUAAAGCGUACAGAAUACAUUGAAGAUAACAUUGAUAACAAUCUUACAUACUUGUUUUGCCAUUUCAAUGUAUGUUCAGCAUUUGUCCUUGUCUUGUGGCAAUAACUCUUUCCACUUUUUCUAAAUAAAUAAUUUCCAACUUGAACUGUGACCAUUAUUAAA